AACCAUUUUCUCCCAGGAAGAUAGGUUUCAUUUCCAUCUAGCUGCACCCAUUCAAAGAAAUGUGCAACAGAUGUAAGGGUGUAAACAGAAUCUGAAAAGUCAGAGCAACUCAGCACUGCCAGUGGAGCAACAUCCAUCCACCAAGAUGGACAAGAUAUUCAAUCUUCUCGCGCAGCACAGACUGGAGGCCUACUACAGUAAAUUCCUCACGUUGGGUGUCCAAGAUGAGAGAGAUUUCAUUGACGGCGUAAAUGGUGAAGAUCUAGACAAAAUGAAUUUCAGUCAUGUGGAAAAGAAUCGCUUUGAAAAAAUGAAAGAUUUCAUCCAACGACUCAGAGCGCCACAGCAAGCAAUGCCUGUACAGAAAUCGAUGGAGUCUUUCCAUCUGCGGUACACAUAUCCCCACUGUCCUGAGCCAAGAGACAUCAGAGACAUGGAUCCUGCCCAAAACACAGUUGAAGAUCUGAUGCUCAGGAUUUGUCACCAAGAGGCCAUUGGGAAUUCCAAAGCCGUGUGCCUCUACACCAUUGAGGGGAUGCCUUUAACUGAUGAUCCUUUCUUYAACACAUGGUCUUUGAAAGACAGGCACAUUGAAAAUGGAAGUGAGCUUUAUGCCAUAUUUACACCCAAGGAGAACUUAAAACAAGCCCCCCACAUGCCACAACAAGAGAUGACUGACAUCUCAGGAGAGGAGAAUGUUCGAUGUCACGUUAUGCUCAAGGGAGACUAUGAGGUCAAGGUGGACUUGACAAGUGACACAAUUAGAGUCUUGAGACAAAAGCUCUCGAAUGAAAGCGGAAUCCCAGCCCAUGUCCUCCUUUAUAAAGGUGAACACGGUGAAACUUUGCAAGAUUGUGGAAUCAAYGAGGAGACUACUGUGCCCUUUUCUUUGUCCUCCUUCCCCGAUGAGAAUCAGACCAACAUGGAAUUCUUCUUGAGUGAUGUCGUACCCUCAGUGCAACAAACCCGGAAAGGACUCAGUGCUUUCUUUUCUUCACUMUAUACCGUUAAAGUGAAACAUUCUGGAGAGGGAUUCAAGAAAGUGAAUGCGUACAUUCGAAAGCUCAGUGGAUGUAAUCCCCUGGCACAAAGUUUGUAUCAGCUGCUGGGUAGAAAUGAAAGUGGWAGUAGGACCCAGAAGAUUGCCAUUGUUGAGGGAUUGUACACUCUCUUCAGAGAGCUGUUGCCAAGCCUCGAUAAAAAAAGAGGUGACAAGAUCAUUGAARACCCUGACGUGUUUGAGAAUGCACCAGUUUGCUGGGCCUACCUGAUAUCUAAAGCAGAGAAAGAGAGUUCACAACAUGAGGUCUUUGCACCGAUAUGUUUGACCUCUCAACCAGGAGUGCGCUUCUGCGACCCAGUUCAAGUACCUGGAUUACCAGAUGUCUUUGAAAGAGASUAUGUCCUACAGAAAAUUAAAGAUGGAGAAAGAAUCCCAAACUGCUCUGCUGAGAUCCUGACAGAAACUUYAAUGUGGAGAGCUACCGAUGUUGAAAAGAUUUUACUCAGUCUGCCUCCAUCCAUCAAAACAUUCCCUCUUUGGGUUUCAUAUGGACUUGUGACUGGUCAAAACUUUCAGAUCAAACUAGAUGAGACAUUUGCCAAGAUGACUGAAGAAUUGAAUGCUUACCCUCACCUGACAGUCACUCCACCACUGCAGUUGAAGGAUGUAGGASUGGACGGGCCACGUCUCGUUCUUUUGAAAGAAGAUAACCUGGGUGUUUACAUGGAAAAAGCCAAAGGAUCUCCUCAGGAUUUUGUUGUUUUUAAUUGCUUAGCUGGGAAAUGCAAAACCUUGAAUGUGGACGAAUUGGCACAUGAAAUGAGAGACACCAGAAGUGACCAGACUUUCAUGACCACCAGGACUCCUAAAGAGGCAAUAUUGGUGCUAGUGGAUUCGAGCUCCUCCAUGAACGAGACAUGCUAUGAUACAGAUGACAAAAUGACACGGUUGGAUGCAAUCAAACAGCUGUUUGAUAAUUUCACAACUAGAAGCAUGGCUUACGAUUUCCAUCAUGUCAUUGGCUUGGUGAAGUUUGACUCAUCAGUUAAGACUCUCCACACAUUUACAGAGACUCUGGAGACCUUUAAGGAACACAUACACAAUCUUAUGGCAAAUGGACGCACUGUCCUGUAUGAUGCCUUGAAUCAUGGCAUAUCUGAACUGGAAAAAGUUGGAAAGCAAUUUCCAGACUGCAGACUUCGCAUCAUAUGUCUCACAGAUGGGAAUGAUGUGGGGUCAAAGACAAAACCACAUGACGUCACAACCAAGUUGAUACGCUUAAAUAUUAUUGUUGAUGCCAUCGUUGUCGGAAAGGUGGAUAACCACAUGCUCCAUGGAAUCAGCAAUGCAACAGGAGGAUGCUGUUUCAAACCAGAGACAGGUAGAGCUGGUCUGACGCUCUUUGAAAUGGAAACGGUUCUUUCUUUGGAAAUGAGGAAGCCUAAGGAAAAAAUGGACACAUCCUGCAUUACAAGCAAUAGUGUUUUAACUACUCUCUUUGCCAACCAUGGUUAUGAUGAGAGCCAGAGUUUCUCUACCAAGUGAAUUAAACAGUAAAGUCACUGUGACAGAGAAUUCAUUGAAAAAGAACAUCAAGGAAUCCAAGAGCAGUCGGUUUUUGGAGAAGGACAAACGCAUUCUGGAA